GGAGGAGCGGGGAAAAAGUAAGUGAUGACGAAGAGGCAGCCAGCAACGAUAAUCAAACAUCCAGCAUUGAGUAAGCUUGCACAUGGUGUUUCAGUCUCAUUGAAAGAAGUUCUCAAGAGGUCGAGUAAAGAACAGCGACUUGAAUCUCAGGCGAGUUGAGCUGGGCCUCUCCUCUACGUCAUUUUAUUUACACUUCAGAGAGCGGAGAAGAAGAGAUUAGAAUCAGUGAGCCUUGUUGUGUCCAGCUGAUUUUAAAGACAACAUGAUGACCAUCCGUUGAGAGCGAUAGACAUCGUGGCCUUGCUUGGUGACGUGCUGCUCCCUCUGUCCUUGUCCCUGUCUCCAGCCCUGCCUCCACCCAAACCGAACCAUCACCAUGGGGAUUAAGAAAGACGCCGACACCUUGUCGACUGGCUCCAUGCGUUUGAAGCAGGAGAUCUCCCUGCUCCACGGGGUCUGUCUCAUCGUGGGCAACAUGAUCGGCUCGGGCAUCUUCGUGUCUCCCAAAGGGGUUCUCCUCUACACCGGCUCCUUCGGCCUGUCUCUCGUGGUGUGGGCCAUCGGCGGGGUCUUCUCCGUGUUCGGGGCUCUGUGCUACGCCGAGCUGGGAACCACCAUCCACAAGUCUGGGGCCAGUUACGCAUAUAUCCUGGAGUCCUUUGGAGGCUUUCUGGCUUUUAUUAGGCUGUGGACGUCCCUGAUGAUCGUGGAGCCAGCCUGCCAGGCUGUCAUAGCCCUCACCUUCUCUAACUACCUGGUGCAGCCCUUCUACCCCACCUGCACAGCCCCUUACGAUGCUGUGAGACUCAUAGCAGCAGCCAUCAUCGGUCUCCUGACGUGUGUGAACUGUAUGAAGGUGAAAUGGGGGGCCAUCCUCCAGGUGGUCUCUACAGUAGCUAAGGUCCUGGCUCUCAUCGUCAUCAUCAUCGCUGGGAUGGUCAAGCUAGGACAAGGCCAGACGCAGAACUUUGAGGAUUCGUUUAAGGGUUCUAAAGUGAACCCUGGGGACAUGGCUCUGGCUCUGUACGCUGCUCUCUACUCUUAUUCCGGCUGGGACACACUCAACUUUAUCACAGAGGAGAUUAAGAACCCGGAGAGGAACCUCCCGUUGGCCAUAGGGAUCUCAAUGCCCAUCGUCACGGUGAUCUACAUCCUGACUAACGUUGCCUACUACACCGUGAUGAAUGCUGAAACCGUGCUGGCCAGUGAGGCUGUGGCUGUGACGUUUGCUGAUGAGAUGCUGGGCUGGGCUCGGUGGCUGAUCCCCCUGUCAGUGGCCAUCUCCUGUUACGGAGGACUCAACUCCUCCAUCAUCGCUGCCUCCAGGCUGUUCUUCGUGGGCUCCAGGGAGGGUCAUUUACCCAACGUCCUCUGCAUGAUCCACGUCAAGCGCUACACUCCCAUCCCAGCACUGCUCUUCAACGGUGGCAUGUCUCUGAUCUACCUGUGUGUGAAGGACGUGUUCCAGCUCAUCAACUACUUCAGCUUUAACUACUGGCUGUUCAUUGGUCUGUCCAUCGCCAGCCAGAUCUACCUCCGGGUCAAAGCUCCGGACAUGCACCGGCCCGUCAAGCUCUCCCUCUUCUUCCCCAUAGUGUACUGUCUAUGUAGUGUGUUCCUGGUGGUAGUACCUCUCUACAGUGAUACCAUCAACUCUCUGGUGGGUAUCGGGGUGGCUCUUUCUGGAGCGCCAGUCUACUACAUCUGUAUCCACCUGCCCCCCUCCUCCAGACCUGCCUUCCUGGGCAGGAUGCUCGACAUGAUCUCCCUGAACACCCAGAAGCUGUGUCUGUGCUGUGUGGUCUCACCUGACCUAGACCUGGACAACAUCCCUGAGGAGAAGCUGGAGUAAAGGCAGGAGAGACUAAGCCAUAGGUGGAACAUACAGCCCACCAUCACAGCUACACUCCACCGCCCUCCUCCUCCACAAGGCUUAUCGAUGAAGCAGUUUAUUCUCUUUUUUUCCUUUUUUUUUUAUUUUAAUUUUAUUUAAUUGAUGUGAAUUGAUUUCCUAUGGGACUGCACAGUGAGUGUGUUGUGUUCAGUGCUAUGGUUGGCCUGAGGGAAGCCACUUUCUAGUGCUGGUGACCUGCCACAUGCAAAACAGCACAAUGUAGUUCACUCCUACAGGUUACACCUAUGGACACUGUCAAUUAUGGAAGUUGAACAAUUCAAAAAAAGCAAGAAAUGGAGAUUUCAACAGGACCUCCUACUGACCAUUUAGGACCUCCUCCUGACCAUUUAGAACCUCCUACUGACCAAAGAUUGGGUUUGAAGUUAGUGGAGAUUGAAGUGUUUGUUGCUUUGUCUAGAUAUUGAAUGAGUUGGAUAUGAAAGUCAUGAUUUUUUAUUUAAGUUGGGAGGGGUUAAUCAAAGAUACCUGUUCUAACCCAACUGUACUUUCCUUAGGCCAGGUGUGUGUGUGUGUGUGUGUGCUCGCAAAUUGCUUAUCAAUGACCUGUCUUUGACAGUUUUAGGUCCGUACUCUCCUAUACAAGGGUCACUGAAGAAUAAAGUGACUUAUGUACUGUAUGGAAACUGGCAUGGGUUGAGCCAUUAUGGAGUUGAAGUAAUGUUUAUUGGUGAACCGACUGAAUUAGAACAAAAUGGUUCUUUAGUUGUCUCUACCAAGCUACGCUAUUCUCCCUGAUAACUCACUCCUUCCCAUGAUGAGAUUACUGUUUGUUGCCUUUUCCGUCCUGCCGUUUGUUUUAAAGCGUUAUUUAUGACCAGUUUGUCCUUGACGGACUGACGACAGUCAUUUAGUUACUGUUGCCUUUAGGCCACUUUUGAUCUCACUUGGAUGCCAUCAUUCUAUAUGACAUCACCAGUUAUUCACAUUGUUACUGUUACCAUGGUUGUCCUAUUGAUGUCCAGAAAGUAACACGUAGGCCCAUGGAUUCUUUAGAUAUUUAGCCUAUGCCGUUAUUACGCUAAGGUAGCGCUCUAAGCAAUACAGCCCGAGCGGGUGUGGUAUAUGGCCAAUCUACCACGGCUUAGGACUGUUCAUAGGCACGAUGCAACGCGGCCAUAUACCACAAACCCCCGAGGGGCAUUAUUGCCAACUGGCUACCAACAUAAAAAUAAACUUUUUUUUGAUACCCGUGGUGUACGGUCUGAUAUACCAUCAGCAUUCAGAGCUCAAACCACCCAGUUCAUAGCACCUUUUUAUCCUAUUCCAAGGGUUGCCAACUUUUUUUAGUCUUUUUUUUAGGACUUUACUUUUUGGUGAAGGGGAAAAAGUAAAAAUACUGAAUCUGGAAUUCAUCAAAUUUAGGUUUUUAAUUCUUAUUUGAAAAUAAAAUCUCUUUGGGCUUAGUAAUGCUCAAUUUGCAAACAUCGGAGCAAUACACUUAGUACACAAAUCUAGUUAGCUUUCUCAGUCAGCGUUGAAGUCACCUACAGCGACAUGUUAACGGCACUCGAUAUUCAAAUUAGUACAAUUUUACUGACACAUUUCAAACCAUAAGCCUUUCUGAAGAACCAAACUGACCGUUACUGAUGCAGAAAUGGACAUAUCCUUCAUACAGUUUCCCAA